UUCUUUUAUUUUUUGACGUGAAGAUAAGCUUUUGAAGCAAUUGGGUUCUUCUUCCAUUUGAAAAUUGUAUCAAAAACUGCCAUUAAUGGAGUACAGAAUCCAUCAAUCUUCUGAAUUCUUAAGCUGAUGAUGAUCUAAGCUCAAUAAUUUACAGUAGCUCUGUUGUGCUUGCCGCUAAACAAUUGCGAUUCGAGCUCGUCCGUUCGAUCUCCAAUCUUCCAAGUUCAGAACCCAACCAUAUGAUACCCAUAUGGAGAAGAUCUUACGUUUCAUCAUCUUGUAGGCAAUUGAUCAAACUCAAAGCGGAUGCCCAUGGCGCCGUCGUUACUCCGGCUGUACAAUCCAAGAAAGACCCAUUUCCUCGCGGUGAAUUGGAUGCACGCCAACUGUUCGACAAAAUGCCUCAAUUAAACGUGGUUUCUGCAACCGCUAUGAUUGGGUGCUGUGCAAGGCAGCAUCAACACGAAGAGGCAUUGUGUCUAUUUUCUGCAAUGUUUGUGUUAAAUUUAAGGCCCAACGAGUUCACUUUUGGCACUGUGAUUCACUCUGCAACGGCACUCGGAGACAUUGAUAUUGGCAAGCAGCUUCAUGCUUGUGCCAUAAAAAUAGGCCUUCAUUCUAAUGUGUUUGUUGGUAGUGCGGCUUUGGAUUUGUAUGUCAAGUUGAGUGUCAUUGAAGAAGCUCAAAGGGCUUUUGAUGAUAUCAAGAUGCCUAAUGUGGUUUCUUACACUAGUUUGAUUUCUGGGUACUUGAAAACAGAGAAGAUUCAAGCUGCUCUCCGGGUGUUCGAUAAAAUGCCCGAGCGAAACAUUGUGUCCUGGAAUGCGAUGAUUGGCGGGUUUAGCCAAAAGGGACACAAUGAAGAUGCUGUGCAUCUCUUCAUUGAUAUGCUCAGAGAAGGGUUUUUGCCCACUCAAUCUACUUUUCCUUGUGCUUUAUGUGCAGCUGCUAAUAUAGCUUCCAUUGGAAUAGGGAGGAGUUUUCAUGCUUGUGCUAUCAAGUUCUUGGGCGAUCUCGACGUGUUCGUGAGCAAUUCGCUUAUUAGUUUUUAUGCAAAAUGUGGAAGUAUGGAAGAUAGUUUGUUGGUUUUCAAUAAAUUGCUUGACAAAAGAAAUACAGUUUCAUGGAAUGCUGUCCUUUGUGGUUAUGCUCAAAAUGGUAGGGGAAAGGAAGCCAUAGAUUUCUAUCAGAGGAUGAGUUUUUCAGGCUGCAAACCCAAUGGAGUGACACUUCUUAGCUUGUUAUGGGCUUGUAAUCAUGCUGGCCUAGUUGAUGAAGGUUAUUCAUAUUUCAAUCAGGCGAAACUCGAGAACCCCAGCUUGUUAAAACCCGAGCAUUAUGCUUGUAUGGUCGAUUUGCUCUCACGUUCAGGUCAGUUUAAACGAGCAGAGGAGUUUAUACACGACCUGCCUUUCGAUCCAGGGAUCGGGUUUUGGAAGGCAUUGCUUGGGGGCUGCCAAAUUCACUCGAAUAUGGAACUUGGGGAGCUUGCAGCUCAAAGAAUCCUGGCCUUGGAUCCAAGUGAUGUCUCGUCGUAUGUAAUGAUGUCGAACGCGCAUUCAGCAGCCGGGAAAUGGCAUAGUGUGUCGAUAUUAAGAAGGGAGAUGAAGGAGAAGGGGAUGAAGAGAAUUCCGGGUUGCAGUUGGAUUGAAAGUAGAAGCAAAGUUCACGUCUUUGUAACUGGUGACAAAAGUCACCACCAAAAGGAUGAAAUUUGUUCGACCUUGAAAUUUUUUGUUGAACACUUGAAAGAGAGUGAAGAUUUCAACUUUCUUUCAGAUUCAUAAAUUGGAUAUGAUUGGUAUGAGGUUGACAAGA